UUGUAACCCGAGCGCGCUCGGCCCGCGCUCCUCCCUGCCCAAGUCCAGCCCCGGAGGGAGGCGCAGGAGGUGGGACCUGCGGCCGGGAAGGCUCGGGGACGCCAGCGCACGCGGAGCGGAGACCCCCGGGAGAGCACGCCGCGAAGAGGAGGAGCUGAAGGGGGAGCGGAGCGCGCGGCGGGAGAGCCAGAGGAAGUGGUGCGGACCAUCGGCGCAGUCGAGCGGCGGGGAGCAGCUGGGCCCAAGAGUCCCGUGCCGAGCCGAGGCCAGGGGGCCUGGGGUCACGGUCCCGCGUCCCCGCAGCUGCCGUCGCCCAGGAGCGGCAGCUGUGCCCGGGCUCCCCGCGGCGGCGGGGUGGGGGGGAGGAGGAGCUGCAGCUGGACGGUGGCAGCUGGAGGCGGAGCCGCGCGGCUGUCCCGUGCGCCCGGGAGGGGGCCGCGCUGUCCCGGCCGAGCCGCGCUGGGGUGACCCGCUGACCGCGGCCAUGCAGCCUUGACGGGGCGCUCCGGCGCACGGGGACCAGCUGCGGGGCGCGCCCUCUCGGGAAGGGGCAGCAGGCCCUGGUAGCAAGACUUUAACCGCCGACUCUAGCCUCGCUGGGAGCAAAACCGUUUACCAUGGAACCCGUGACCAAGUGGAGCCCCAAGCAAGUGGUGGACUGGACUAGAGGGUUAGAUGAUUGCCUGCAGCAGUAUGUCCACAAGUUUGAACGGGAGAAGAUAAAUGGAGAGCAGCUGCUGCAGAUUUCCCAUCAGGAUCUUGAGGAGCUGGGGGUCACGCGAAUUGGACACCAGGAACUUGUGUUGGAGGCUGUCGACCUUCUCUGUGCGCUGAAUUAUGGCCUGGAAACUGAUAAUAUGAAGAACUUAGUUCUGAAACUGCGAGCAUCUUCCCACAACUUACAAAAUUACAUAAGUAGCCGGAGGAAAAGUCCCGCUUAUGAUGGAAACACUUCCCACAAGCCCCCCAAUGAGUUCCUGACUUCUGUGGUGGAGCUAAUAGGUGCUGCUAAGGCCUUGUUGGCUUGGCUGGACCGGGCUCCAUUUACAGGGAUCACGGAUUUCUCAGUAACGAAGAACAAAAUCAUUCAGCUUUGCCUGGACCUGACAACUACCGUCCAGAAGGAUUGCCUUGUAGCAGAAAUGGAGGAUAAAGUUUUAACUGUAGUCAAGGUUUUAAAUGGUAUCUGUGACAAAACAAUACGAUCUACUACGGAUCCUGUUAUGAGCCAGUGUGCGUGUCUGGAGGAGGUUCACUUGCCGAACGUUAAACCUGGGGAAGGCCUGGGCAUGUACAUCAAAUCAACCUAUGAUGGAUUGCACGUGAUUACUGGAACCACAGAGAACUCUCCUGCAGAUAGAUCUCAGAAGAUUCAUGCUGGUGAUGAAGUCAUUCAGGUUAAUCAGCAAACUGUGGUGGGAUGGCAACUGAAAAAUCUGGUGAGAAAAUUAAGAGAGAAUCCUACAGGAGUCGUAUUACUGCUUAAAAAGCGCCCCACGGGUUCUUUCAACUUUACCCCUGCUCCCCUGAAAAACCUCCGGUGGAGACCGCCCCUGGUGCAGGCCUCACCUCCACCCACGACAACCCAGUCCCCUGAAAGCACUAUGGAUACCUCGCUGAAGAAGGAGAAGCCAGCCAUCCUGGAUCUUUAUAUCCCUCCUCCACCGGCCGUUCCCUACUGCCCCCGGAAUGAGAACGGGAGUUUUCUUUAUGGAGGCCUCAGUAAAUGUAAACAGCCAUUGCCUAGUCCUAAGGGUUCCGAGUCGCCAAAUUCCUUCCUGGACCAGGAGAGCCGAAGACGGAGAUUUACCAUUGCUGAUUCUGAUCAGUUGCCUGGGUAUUCGGUGGAAACCAAUAUUCUGCCCACAAAAAUGAGAGAGAAAACACCAUCUUAUGGCAAGCCCCGGCCUUUGUCCAUGCCUGCGGAUGGGAGCUGGAUGGGGAUAGUGGACCCUUUUGCCAGACCUCGAGGUCAUGGGAGAAAGGGUGAGGACGCCCUCUGCCGGUAUUUCAGUAAUGAGCGGAUCCCUCCCAUCAUCGAAGAAAGCUCCUCUCCCCCGUACCGGUUCUCAAGGCCCCCAGCAGAGAGGCAGCUGGUCCGCGGCGCAGACUACGUCCGGGGGAGCAGGUGCUACAUCAGUUCGGAUCUCCACAGCAGCGCCACGAUUCCGUUCCAGGAGGAAGGGGCCCGAAAGAAGCCGGUCUCCUCGGCGGCCAAGUCCUCCUCUGCAGAACCGUCCCUGCUGGUCAGCUGGUUUACUCGCCUCAAACUGUUGACUCACUGAGCCCCGCCCUCCCGGGACUCUUCCCCGUCUCCCGCUCGCAAGUGCCUUGCUUCCUCAGUUGACAACCUGUUCUGGUUUUCAUCCACAGUAUUAUGUAGUGACCUUAUGCAAUUUCAUUGUUUGUUUUCUUUUGGAAGUCGUAGACUGCCCUUCUCGGAAUUUUGAAGUAAUUGGAUGGGAACAAAUCUGGAGGAUCUUAGGUGUUGCCUUGUGGAGGCCGAAGGAGAGAAAUGAGUCCGCUUUUCUUGCUUCCUUAUGGUCGGAACACGGAGACACGCUGUAAACUGGGGCCUGGACCAGGAAUGUUGUGGCCAUGAUGAGGAACUGGGCCAUCGUUGGUGCUGGGGGUGGGGCUGAAGUUGGUGUCCAUUGUCACAGAGAUGUGUUGGUUUGUGGUCCAGCUUCUUCACCUGAAAAAGCCAGUGGAGAAAACAUUUUUGUUUUGAUUUUUCAAGCUACAUACCAUAUUUGUAAGUGUAGCAGCUUUGACUUUGAAAUAACAUGUGGCAUGCAUUUCAUGCUGUUUCAAAGAAGUGGUUUAAGUAAGUGUAGGCCUGUUACACUUGGCUAUUCCCUUUUCGUAACAAUCUCAGUAUGUAGGUCAGUUAAUACAGAAACACAUGAACACAUUUAGAUAGGGCUUAUUACACACAGUGAAGUUUAUGGUUAUUUGUGAGGGGUGUUGUUGUUAUAUAUUAUUGUCUUUAAGGGAAAAGAAGCUAUAAGAUUUGCUGACAGCCAAAGUAUCAUUCAGAACAAUGAAGCAACAAUAUUUAGGUUUAUGAGAGAUACAUCAGUUUGCAUUUUGACUGUGUAACGUCUGUCUUCCAGAAAAAAACAAAACAAAACAGGCAGUUCUUCAAAAUUGUAUAUAUUUUGCUAAAUAGAAAUCUCUUGGAAAGUCUCAUGGUCACUAAUUUUCAACUAGCAUCAGGUAUUUUGGAAAAGUGUGUCAGGAUAUUAACUCUUGUUAAAACUGAAUGUAUGAUAUUUUGUUAGAACAGAAAAGUUAAUUUAAGUGUUUUAAAUAUAGUUGUAUAUUUUUCUUA